ACACCGUAACGUGGAACUUUUUUAAACCGUAGCUCUUGGGAACUUAGAGAAAGUAUGUUUGUAAGAAGCCAAUGGUGGGACUCAAGAGGUAUCCUGCAGUGUUACAGUGUUGGCUUCGCCAUGGCUCUAAUCCAAGUCCUAGCUACAGAGGUGUCUCUAGCUGUUAGCUUGGAGUAUAACUUGGUGGGGAGAAACUGAACCAAACCUUGGGGGAAAAACCAGAAGCUGCUACAGCUCUUUCCAAAGCAAUUUUUCAGGUAGAAAUGUUUUAAACACAAAUGCUUUGCAUGCCUUGUUUUCCUCUAGGGUAGGAUAAAAAAACCCCAAAAACUAAACAGUCCAGGGCAAAAAAACCCAACCUCAAACCAAAGCAAAUUCUCUGCACUUGGCCUUUCUUUGCUGCCAGAUUUGCUACAGAAGACAACCCCAAUGGCUUCCAGUGCAACACUGUGCUGCUACACCAGCUGUCAACAAAAACUUUCUAAGGCAUUGGCUCACAAUCAACAGAAGAGCAGCCGCAGCUUGGAUGCCCAUGCGUGCAACGCGGACUAAGCCCUCCUGCGGCUCCUGCUGAGGCGAGUCUCUAGGCCACAGCUACGCACGGGCCCCGACCCCGCGGGGGCGGGGCAGCACCGCUGCCGCGCUCGGUCACAGCCGCCAUCAGCGCCCCUACGGCCCGGCGGGGGCGGCCGCCAAGGAGCCGGGAAGACGCUGAAGAACCGGGGGGGACGCGGGAGUCGCAUCACACCCCCCGCUCCCGCCCCAGCCCCGCCGACCCCUCCGCAGCGGCCGCAGCUGAGGCGCAGGCGCCGAGACGUGCAACGGCCGCCGCGCGCUCGCGCGAGGGCGCAGCCAAUGGGGGCGGGCCGCGGCGGCGGCGCCAAUCCGGGAAGGCGGAGUGGGCGGGGCGCCGUUCAAACGCGGCGGCGGCGGCGGGGCGCGAGGAGGCUCUUGCUGGCGGCGGCCCGGCCCCGGUACCGAAAUAAAGUUGACCAAGAACUGGAACAAGAUGGUAUCUGUACUCCAAAAUGUCAAGGCAACAAUGGCCUGGCGGAAACACCAGCUCCUAGCUGACUUUGAUGAGAAUGAGAGCCCUGUACCUGACAAAUUCAAGAGAAGGGCUUCUUUGAGUUCUAUAAAUACCGUCCGCAUGUCUCUAAGAAAGCGAGUGCCGUUAAAGCACGUAGAGUUGAAUUUUUGUAAGACCCCAACUUGGGAAAGUCUGGAAGCAAGACAGAAGUGCCAAACUCUUCAGACUAUUAAAAGAACAGCAAAAAAUGCUUUUGGAACAGUGUCCCAGAAAAUACAGAAGUCUUGCCAAAGCCCAGUACGCUCAAUGAUGACCUGUCCAGCUGAAUCCAUCGGCAGAAACUGUGCAACCAGUUCUACCAAGAAAAGAAGUACUACACCUCGAACGCCUUGUCAUAAGAAGAGAGUUACUCCAGCAGCCAGUUCCAAAGGCACCCCAAGAUCUAGCAAAAGAGCCUUGCUUGGGCCAACAAGGGUGUCAGACCAUAAAGAAUGGAGGGGUUUCUCAUCCUGGCUUGGUAAAGGUGCUGUCUCUCUUCAGAGAUCAAGAAGAGCAGCAGCACUGAAGAGCCCUUACUCAUCACCUGCUUCUGCCAGCAGAAAGAUAGAGUUUGACUGCGAGUUGGAGCUGGUCUCCUCAGGGAUUUGCCAAUUGAAGCAUAUCUCCCAGGCAUUUGAUGAUGCCAUUGUGCAAGAGGAGAGGCAACAUGCGAUAUCAAACUACUACUAUCUAAUGGCACAAAACUUACAGUCUGCGCGUCGAUCUCAGAAAUUUCUCAAGCUAUUGGAAGGCAAGUGAAGAAACUCCAUCGAGCACUUGGUACCUAGACAGAGAUGGCUGUAACUAUUGUUAGUUUACGAAGCAUAUAUAUGAAGGAGAGCUCUGUGCAGCACUUGAAAGGGUGCACUCUGUACACUGAACAAGCUGUUACAUUUUAUAAUCUUUCUUGACAAAGCAGCUCAGGACUUCCCUUCCCUUGCUUUCUCUUUUCAAGCAAACAGGAGAAUCGAAGUUGUACCACAGUGUAUUAUCUCCUGCUGAGAUGAGGGACCAUCUUGAAUGUGACUUUCAUAAGGCAGUAAGUACUUUGAAACUUAUGUUGACCUGACCAGUAGGAAUGGUCAGAGCAAGGGCCACAGACUUACGAAGGGCGAUUAUAGGUAAUAGUAGUAUUUAGACUAGUAUUCAAGCGCCACUAGUUUUAGUAAGAGUACUUUGUAUACUAAAAAUACACUAUACUUUGUACACUAAAAGUACUGGUCCAUUAUUUUGAAAGCCUAAAAAUUUUUUUCUGUAUACAAACAACCCCCAAGUUAAGUAUCAUGUCUAACUGGAAGUCAAUGAAGCAGCAGUGGCUUGUUUGAGUUCUGACCGCAACUGCCGUUCCAAGGCAAUAGGUUCCUGUGGGGCCACCCACACCACAAGGGAGGAGACACAUUAGGACUCUAAUUCGUGGCCUUAAGGAUUGCUAUUAGAUUAGCCUAACUAAUCCUAUUAUUUGAUGAAGUAUACUAAGCAUUUGAUACCUGUAUUUUGCUUAUAAUUUUUUUAAAAAAUAACAUAAAUUUGACAAGCCUUUUUUGGUAGGUGAUUCAGUUUAACAAAGUUUAGUCUUUCAAACUAAAGCAAAGAUUUCUCAAGCUUCUAGAAUUCAACACCAGGGCCGUUUUCCAUGGUAGCAGCUUUGUGCAGGCUUCUCAGAUUACAUUCACUCCAAGAUGAACCUUCAAACAAAAGACUGAUUUUGGAAACUUUGCUCUACACUUUUAAGAUGCACAUGUAACUUAGUAAAACUGGAAUUACUAAAAUUUUAAUGGUAUUAAGUACAAAUAUGGGAAGCAGUCGUGUUUAAUUCAGAUUUAUGCGUAAGUAGUAAUUUUAAGCUUGCUCCUGAUUUUUCUUGUCAGACUAGACUGUUUUAAAAUAGUGAAACAGUUUGAGGGCUGGAAACAUGAAAACAACCCUGACUUCCAGGCUUUCAGGUGACUGAGGGCCUCAGCUUGUGUUAUUUCUUGAUGUAGUUUUUGUGUGUACUUGUGUUCUGUUGUUGGUUUAGUGGUGUUUUUUUUAACCACCUUUCUAUAUCGAACAGUAGCUUGAAGUUAUUCUUUGCAUGUACUGAAACUACUUCUAUAAAGCUUUCACAAAGAUGCUGUCUCAUUAUGGAAAUAUUUUCUUGUAUGACUUUUCAAAAGGAAGGAGGGUUGUAGUUUUGUGAAAAGUCAAUCUCCAAUCUAAGUAUUAUUUCAGAUAGUCAGAUGUAUUAAAUAGCCUCUAUUUAUACUGUUUCCACUGGCUACUAGGACGUGUACAAUGAUGCUCUAAUACUACCCACAUCACUGGUAAGAAAAAUCAGUGACAUUGUUUGCUUAAAGGCAAGGAAAGUUUUAUUUGAGUAAUAUGUUACAAGAUUUUAAAAACCAGCUCACAUCAAAAUCUAUACCAGUUGUAGAAAUCUGACUCCUUAUUUCGUAUUAAGAAAUUCAUUAUUGUACACUUUUGGAUCUUUACAAGGCAGCCAUAAGAAAUAUAAACAUUUGUCACCAGAUAGAACCGUCUCACUGACAAACAAUAUUUAAAAGUAUGCACUUAAUAAAACUAUAUGAAAGAACAUGUACAAUUUCAAGUUUCCUUGUGUGAAUUCAGUUGUAAGUGGACUGCCCCCUUCUGUCCCCCACAAAUAGAAAAAUAAGUUAUGCAGAAGGCUUGGGGUUCUGUGAGAGGACUGCCAUUCUAGGCCCUACACCAGUCCUCCCAGAAUACCCUCAUCUUUAAAGCCUGCAAUCUGUAAAUUACGUUUCAAUAUUGUAAUCUCUGGUAAACCAUCUCCGAACACAUCACAGUAAACCUGCUUCUAUCUCUCUCCUCUACCCCCUUCUCCCCCACCCUUACAAGUGAAAAAUGAGCUGUCAGAUUUGUUUCAUGUUCCCCCCGCCUCCAUCCCCCAUGAUUAUAUCCAGUUUCAAAGGUAGCUUACUGAGAUAAACACAAAUAAAGGGUAAACUGUAAUCCCCUUACCUUGGGCUUGAACUAAAAUGAGGGACAGAGGAAAUACCAACACCUGACUUCAAUUCCAGAGUCCAUGGCACAGGAUUCUAGCUGCUCCAGGCCAUUUCUUUUUUUCUGAAAAAAAGAGUUCUUUUCAUCCAGAAAAAUGUGUUAUUACCUCCAUUUUUAUGGGGGACUUAAUUUAGGAUCAUCUGUAGGAACCUAUAUUUACACUUGAGUGAUUAAACAUCAUGGAAAUCAAGUUACCUUGUUAAACCCACAAUUUCUGCUGAAGCUAUGAACACGGGCCAUGAGGAAUCAUUGCUCUUGGAGAAGCUGAGGAGGUAAGUUGGAAAGUUUUGUGUUUACAGGAAUUCUAUCCUGUACCAGCUCCAGAUGAGGAUGGAAAGUGCCACUUUCUCCCCUGCAUGCCUAAAAUGAACAAUUCAAUGCAGAAAUCUUGAUUUCAGAUCCCACAUUUCAAGCUCUAAUCAGAAAUAUGAUGAAAUCUCUCUGUUAUUACGCCAAUGAGUUUAUUAAAAAGGUGCCCAUACUCCAAUCAUCUAGUACCUUUAUGAUGUACUCACCUUUCUGUGGCUUAGAUGCAAAAGGGGGGAAAAAAAACCUGGGGAAACUCCUAUUUACUCAGUAACAACUGUUGCACUUGCUUAUUUUAAAAACUGAAAAUACCUAUUCAUUUCAAGUAUUAUUAAAAAAUGCUUAUAUAGUGGUUAGCAAGUUUAAGACGGGGGAACAAUAUAGAAAGAAGGAAAAAUUUCCUUUUUUCCCUUCUAAAUUUAUUCCGUAAAGUACAUGAUGAUACUAUAGAUCUAAAUGUUGGGGAUUUGCUUAAAUACACACAGUGGUAGUGCCCUGCCCUAAAGACCGCAGUGUAUAAAUGGGACAACUUGAUCACUAAAAAUGGCAAACAAAGGCUAUUUCGCAGAAUGGUGGAGCUUCUAGAUAAAGUGUCAGAUUAAGGUGUGUCAUUUUUUUUCUCUAGUUUACUGAUAGUUCUGCUUCUACACAACUAGUGAAAGUUUUAACUGUUUAGAAGUGACUUCCCUAGGUACUACAGGAAUAGAUGAAAGUAAUCUGUAUGAAUUAAGACUAUUUUCAUGUAAACAAAUCAAAAUGGCAGCUCUCAUGAACCCCAACGAACAAGAAGAAUUAUCAAUGUCAUGUCAUUUUUACACCUAACAAAAAUUUAUGCUGAAUAGAUAUAAACCAUGCCACAAAACUAAACAGGAGUACUUUGGUCAAGCAAGAAUCUGUUCCAAGAGCACUAGUGUAUGCAAACACUUAAAAAAAAAAAAGUUAUCCAAAAUAAGCAGAUUUGGAUCAACAUCACUAUUCAGGUCUGUGGAAUAUUCUGCACUCUUCAUACAACAAUAUCUUUUUUUCAAACUUACCUAACUAGACAACAAAAUUGAGUAAACAGCCAUUUUAUUUUUUUCUUUUUUUUAAAGUAUAUCGGUUACAAAUUUGCUGUGAAAGCAGAACCAAAACUUCACUUAAGGUGUCUUCCAGUAGCUACACACACACCACACACACACACACA